GUUGCUAACCCUCGCGUCAUCGGAGUGCAUGAAUUAAAUCCUCUACCGAAUAACAACAGCGUCUUUUAAAAGUUCCUGCAAUUUCAGAUGUGCGAGGGACCUUCAACAAUAUCUGGGCCGAUCCCCCCGGAUCCUUCUCUGUUUCCACAGUUUUACAGACGACCAAGUUCAGCUCGCGCUCGUUUAGAGGGAAACCAAGAUGGGAUGUUGGCCCAUUUCUUGGGUCCACUGGCUCCCGACCCUGAUUCGUAUCCAGAAUGCUACAGCGCUCGUACACCAGCACAACGUCCGCGCAUCAGCCCUAAUGCUACCCACAUUCUUGAACAUGGACGAAGAGGGGUUGUGGGCGAACUACUGAAACUGGAUUGUGUCUCCAUUACUCCCCCUACCCGUCAAAAACAGCGAGUCCAUGACUUUGGCAAGGAAAACAUGCAGCGACUUCGGGAGAUACAGAAGCGCUGCAAAGAGCAGGAUGCUGAGAGAGCACACUCUCGUUCAGGUCCAGUUAAAGCACUGUGGACCUCCUCAAAAUACCAGAACGUCCCAUCCAGGGUGGUGGCCCAGCUGGAGGAUUAUAAUCCAAACGUUAAGCCACAGUGUCAAAACUUUCUUAAGGCCCACUCUAACAGUGGGUCAGCUGCACCCUCCAGACCUUCACCUGUAGCUGUGGAGCGUCCUGCUUCCUGCAGCUCUACGCAGGAACAAGAGUUGACGGUUCAAGGUCAGAGCAUAAAUUUCAUCAAACAUAAUGUCCGAGCAGCUGGAAAAACCUGUAUCCGCCGGUCACAGUCACUGACAAACGUCAGAGACAAACCUCUGCCCAGUGCAGUCAAGGGCCAGGUGCCUCAGUACCUUGAAGAUCGAAAGAUGCAAUGGCGUAAAGAGGAAGAGGAAAGGAAGAGAAAUACACCUGAUCCUACAAUCCCAGCAGGUCACAGCCUGAUGCCUGAGAGCGAGAGACAGGAAACACUGAAGUCCCUUAAAGAAACCCACCGCUCCUUGGUGACUGAACUGCUCUCACUUCCCCUGAAAGCUGACAGUCUGAGCGUCCGCUCACGCCGGGCCAAACUUGACUGUAAGCUUUCUGAGAUCGAAGAAGCCAUAAAAAUAUUUUCCAGAGACAAAGUUUAUGUUAAAAUUGAUUCCUAAUACAUGAAAAAGAGUAAUGUUGAAGAAGAGGAAGAGGUAUUCUGUCGAUCUAGCACUGCCUUGAUACCUUUCUGUGUAUACAUCAUGCAACAGAAUAAUCGAUCAUUUCAGACAUUAUUUUAUUAUUAUUUUUAGUGUUGUCAUGGCAUUUUGUAAGAGGAAUAAAUAUAUUUUAUACUUAAAGUUUUUAAGGCUAACGUUUGAGAUUAUUAAAAGCUAAUACUAAGUUCAUGUUUAAUAUGUUUAGUAAAUACUACUGAACUAUAUGUGGCUGUAUUGUGCUUAAAGGAAGAGGAAGAACUUCAGAAAGCUUUAAAUUCAGAUUUUUUUUCUGUAAUGUGAUUGAUUUUGUUUUAAGUAAAGUUAUUAUUUUUACUGUAUGCUGUACAUGUAUGAUAAUUGUUGAUAAUCGAAAAUGACCAAACUGCAUGUGGCAUAAAGAAAGUCAUUUAAUAGAACGUGUUGGUUGGU